AUGCAUCCGGUUCACGCUUUCGCGGCUUUGGCCAUGACAGGCUGCGCAGCUGCCCUGCCUCAAUCAAUUCCCCUCAAUCAAGUCGCUGAGAUACCCGCCGCACCAAUUACGGAGACCCCGCUUGGUGAUGGUGCCGGUACUAAGGUUAUCCCGUAUGCUCCUGAUGCUGUGGUUGCCGAUACAUUCGCCUCAGUCCUUGCGGAUCCAGCGUCUGCGGACAAGGCACUGAAGCGGAGAGAUUGGGACUGUUCGGCACAGCCUCUGGGUGCAGGGCCAGUUCCAAGCCCUGAUACUCCAGAAGCUUUCCUGGCCAUGGAAGAGUUGUCGAACGCUGCCAACGGUGCCGCCGUGCCGGCUGGCUACGUUAACAAAUUCAAGAACCUGAAAGGGAGCAACAAUGCCGUAGCGUAUCUUGGACACAAUACCUUGGAUACCUAUGAUACUCAAGCAUGUGCAGACUCUUGCACUGGGAAGCAAGGAUGUUCCUCAUUCAAUAUCUUCUUUGAGAGAGACCCCUCCGUAGUUCCUGCUGAUUCCUGCGCCAACCCCGCUAGUACUACAGUCAUCAAGUGUGUGUUGUGGGGUAGCCCCAUUACCGCCGAAACAGCUGUCAAUACCGGACAGUGGCGCAAUGAAUUCCAGGUGGUCAUUGCUGGAUCAAACGGCUAUGUCAGCGAGCGCGUGGUUCCUGUUGAUGGUUACAGCGGCGAGUCUCUUGGUAACGUUGCAAUCAAUGCCCCAAGCGACUGUAACGGUGACGAUACCUACAUGGGCUACAAACUGUUCAACGAUGGUCAGCCAUUUGAACCCGCCCGUUGCGCUGCUGCAUGCGAGGCUGAGACCAAGUGGAACGUCGAGAAUCUCAACAGCCGCAUGUUGUGCAAAUUCUUCAACACUUACGUCCUAAUGAAGAAUGGCGAGCCACAAGGCCAGUACUGUUCGAUGUACACCCAGAAAUGGGAGAAGAGCGUCGCUGUCAAUGAUGGUCAGUGGCGUGGAGAAGACCACUACACGAUUGCGUCCAGUUUUUCCUACUCCAACACCGCCGAUCCCGGAAAGCCUAAGCUCCCCUGCGAUGUCGCCGCCGCAAAGUCUGCCAUCGUUGCCUCAUCUCUACAGCCCUUUUGUUCUACCAUUCUUGGAUACACUACUCCGGUUUCGACUGUUAUCGCCACCGAGUUUACCACUGUGCCCGCUACUACUGUUGUGGAGACCGUCUCGCCUGUAACCACGACCACGACGAUAGUCACUCAGGCUCCUCAAAAGCGCGAUGUUGCCAGUCCAGCCACACCUGAUGCUCUUGCCACCUUUGUUGCCAGUGCUGUCUCAGCGGCUUGCAGCCUCCAAGCAACGCCCUUUACAGAAACUUCUACAGUUUCUACUACGACCGUCGCGACCAUUAGUUCCGGCACUGUAGCAACAAUCACAACUCUCCCUGUCCGCACUACUAUUGUUACUUCGACAGUUGCACCUGCGCCUACCUGCACUGCUAGCGGUGCCAACAUCAUUCAGAACAGUGGCUUCGAAAAUGGCAUGUCAGGUUGGUCCCAGACUGGCUACGGCGCUAAGGCUGCGCCGGCGGCUUCGGGAGUGAUUGCGGGUGGAUCCAGUGGUGCUGCCUCCUACGGUUUAACAGCUAGUAGCGCAGGUACUGGUGUUAUCCUAUCUCAACAGCUCAACGGUCUGACCACAGGUGUGAAGUACAAUUUCUCAACGAAAGAUAUACUCGGUCUUGGUCUUGAUCUGGAGCCGGAAGUUUUUGAUUACGUGGAGAGUCGUGCAGAAUAUACGAAACUCUCUCCGGAAGAUAGACUUCCUCUGCCGUGGUUGCGAGAUUGCCCUGCUUUACGUAUAGGCGAACACGUUUUGUGUAUCUUGGAAGCAACGCUAGGGAGAACGUCCGAGACUGCGAUAAUGUUUCUGGGAGAACGUAAUCAACUGCCGCCGCGAUACUCCCAUAGCACCAUGAUGUUCUCGUCCAAGAGACCGUCACAAACCCGGGAGGGAUUUUAUCAAGACCCUAGUCACCAUCCCUGUACCGACUACACAUCGCUCGUUCAACGAUACAUUAUUGAAGUAACAGGUUCGAAUAACCGUUUCGGACCUGGGGCUUUCCUUUAUGUCUGCUUGGCUGCCUUGCUAGAGCUUCAUCUCUCUUCUGCGCCUACCUGUAUUCUUCAUAUUGGAGUGAAUGGUGUAGAAGAGCUGAUGUUUCUUAGAUACCGUGGCUUUUAUAAUCCCCACAAUAAAGAAUAUAGCGUUUUCCGUAGUCCUCCGGGAUUGCUGUGGAAUCAACUGAGAAAGGAGCUCGAUGAGCAGCGAACUACACUCCGCUGGAUGACUCGCUUUUUCCAGAAACACUUCGACCACGAAAACCAAGAUCUUCGAACAGAAUUUGAGGAGAUUAGGGAACGCUUCAAACUUCGAGUGGAAGAUCUCGAACAAGCUGAGUCACAGCUCAGAGAUAGCUGGGCCUGGGAAGGCAUAGACAAAAGUUACCGCAUGGCAGAAAUGAGCAUUCGCGAAAGCAAAAGAGUUAUGCUACUGACGGCGUUGGCGUUCGUAUUCCUACCAUUCUCGCUCGCCGCUUCAGUAUAUGGAAUGCAGCAGACCAUGCCGCAGCCCGCCAACGGCAGGCUCCACGAUGAGCACACCCCGCUCAUCGGGCGUACGCAAAACUACGAGGACGAGUCGCGCGUCAAGACUCUACCCAAGCACAUUUUGCAUUUGAUCUAUGCGACACUCGCAAGCAACUAUGUCAACGUCUUCCUCGUCUUCGUACCGCUCGGCAUCAUUGCCGGCGCAUUGCACUGGAACCCGACUGUCGUCUUCGUCCUCAACUUCAUCGCCAUCAUCCCUCUUGCAGCCCUCCUGAGUUUUGCGACUGAGGAGCUCUCCGCUAAGCUUGGUCAAACUCUUGGAGGAUUGAUGAACGCGACAUUUGGAAAUGCCGUCGAGCUUAUUGUCUCUAUCGUUGCGCUCAAGCAAGGCGAAAUCCGAAUCGUCCAAGCCAGUAUGCUGGGCAGUAUUCUGUCCAACAUUCUUCUCGUGCUCGGAUGCUGCUUCCUUGCCGCUGGCCUCACCCAGCAUGAGAGCCGUUUCAACGAGACCGUCGCAUCCACCAUGUCUUCGCUCAUGGCCGUCGCAUCCGCCUCGCUCAUCAUUCCUGCUACCCUCUACGCAGUCAUGCACGGUGACAACAAGAAGGACAACCUCGAAACUGACAAGAACAUUCUUGUUCUUUCCCACGGCACCGCCAUCAUCCUACUGAUUCUCUACAUUCUAUACCUCUACUUCCAGCUCUACUCGCACCACAGCCUCUUUGCCGAUGUCGAGAACCAAGAAGGUGGCGACAAUGAGGAGGAGGCUCAGAUUUUGUCCCCCGUCGCUGCCGGUGUCGCAUUGGUCAUCGUAACCGUCCUCGUCGCUGUCUGCGCCGAGUUCCUUGUCGAUAGCAUCGACUCAAUCGUCGAAUCUGCACACAUUAGCAAAACGUUCGUCGGUCUAAUCUUGAUUCCAAUCGUCGGAAACGCUGCCGAGCACGUCACCGCUGUCAUUGUCGCAUACAAGGGCAAGAUGGACCUCGCUAUCAACGUCGCCAUCGGAUCUUCCAUGCAAAUUGCUCUCUUCGUCACUCCCUUCCUUGUCAUCCUCGGCUGGAUCAUGCACGAGCCCAUGACUCUCCACUUCCAGGGCUUCGAGACUAUGAUCUUCUUCAUCUCCGUCUUGAUCGUCAACUACCUGAUCCAGGACGGAAAGAGCAACUACCUCGAGGGCGCCAUGUGCAUUGGUAUCUACGCCAUCAUUGCACUUGCUUUCUACAUCUACCCCGAUAACGCAGCCGGCGACAUUACCGUCGAUGUCGUCAAGCGCUUCUUCGCUGUGAACUAA